AAGCCGAAGAGGUAGUGAGGAGAGGAGAAGAGUGCAGCUGAGCUUGGUGUAACUCGUCCUUGUCUGAGAUGGUGAAGCUCGCAUUAGGAAGCUUGGGUGACUCCUUCAGCGGAGUGUCUCUCAAGUCCUAUUUGGCCGAGUUCAUUGCCACUCUCCUGUUCGUGUUCGCUGGCGUCGGCUCCGCCAUCGCUUAUGGUAAGCUGACGGGUGGUGCAGCGCUGGACCCGGCGGGCCUGGUCGCCGUGGCCCUCGCGCAUGGCUUGGCCCUCUUCGUCGGUGUCUCCAUGGCAGCCAACAUCUCCGGCGGCCACCUCAACCCGGCGGUCACCUUCGGCCUCGCCGUCGGUGGCCACAUCACCAUCCUCACCGGCAUCUUCUACUGGGUCGCCCAGCUCCUCGGCUCCACCGUCGCUUGCCUCCUCCUCAAGUUCGUCACCGGCGGCUUGGCUGUUCCGACUCACGGCGUGGCGGCCGGCAUGAGCGAGCUGGAAGGGGUGGUGAUGGAGGUGGUGAUCACCUUCGCGCUGGUGUACACGGUGUACGCGACGGCGGCGGACCCCAAGAAGGGGUCGCUGGGGACGGUGGCACCCAUCGCGAUCGGGUUCAUCGUAGGGGCCAACAUUCUGGCGGCCGGGCCAUUCAGCGGCGGUUCCAUGAACCCGGCGCGCUCCUUCGGCCCCGCGGUGGCCAGCGGAGACUUCGCCGGCAACUGGGUCUACUGGGUGGGGCCACUCAUCGGCGGCGGACUGGCCGGGCUCAUCUACGGUGACAUCUUCAUCGGCUCCUACCAGCCCGUAGCAGCUCAGGACUAUCCUUGAGGUGGCAGCGCCCGCCGUUGCGGAGAUGGCUUGGGAGUCUUCAUGUCUUGUUUGAUCUGCUUGUCACAAAUAAAUGUACAUAUAAGAAGAGUACAUCAUAGUGGAUAGUGGCGGACUGCAUGUCUUGUAAUAAAUGUUCUCUCUAUUGUAAACGUCUGUCUGUUUCAAUUAAGUAAUAUGAAUGCUCCCACUUGUCAGCUCAUAA